AUGACUAACGUCUCUACUAACGGUACAGAACCUGAUAAGGCAGAUGGCGAUGCCACUCCAGUCCCAACUGAUUUAGAUCCCGGAGUAGAAGGUAGAGUAAUGCAUUGUGUCGUCGGAGGGGCCCAUGCUUUUAUCUUAAAAAUAUCAAGUUUCUUCGGUCUCGCUCCGCUACGGUUCGAAUCUAAAAGCAAUGGGUUUUCUGUUGGAAUAUCUAAUGCUAUGUGCAUUUAUAGUUAUAUACUCGUAACAAUUCUGGUAUUUUUCACAAUAUUUGGACUAGUCGCUGAGAUAAAUGUUGGUAUCGAGAUGUCUGUGCGAAUGUCGUCAAGAAUGUCACAGUUUGUCUCAACCUGUGACGUGUUGGUGGUCGUAAUAACCGCCGGUGCUGGUGUUUACGGAGCACCGAAGAGAAUGAGAAAUAUGCUCAAAUUUAUGGAAAGCGUCGCUUCCGUGGACAACAGUAUCGGGGCUCACUACUCGCUUGUGACAGAACGCAAGCUGUGUGCCAUUUUACUGGCAAUUCUCAUUUUCUUCUCCGUUCUAAUAGCCGAUGAUUUCUGUUUUUACGCACUGCAAGCUAAAAAAAUGGAUAGACAAUGGGAUGUGGUAACUAAUUACAUAGGGUUCUACCUAUUGUGGUAUGUCGUGAUGAUACUUGAACUACAAUUCGCGUUCACUGCUCUAUCUGUACGGGCACGUUUCCAAGCUGUUAACGACGCUCUUGUGUUGACCGCAAGACACAUAUCCGUACCAGUUGAAAAAAUAAACGAUCCAGCUUCAUUAAAUAUUUUCGCUAUUCGAGCGGCACCGGAGUCGCGUCGACGCGCAAACAACGUCACUUUACUCGUGGAUUCGAUGCCUGGGAAGGAACACGCUGUUAUUAUUCGGAAUACUGUUACCAAAGAACAGAAACUUGUAGUACCACCAUGUGAAGCUAUUCGACGUCUGGCCUGUCUCCACAGUGCACUCUGUAACGUUGUUCACCGUAUUGACAACAGCUAUGGGCUACCACUCAUUGUCAUUCUAAUCUCUACACUAUUGCACCUGAUUGUGACACCGUACUUUCUUAUAAUGGAGAUCAUCGUAUCAACUCAUCGCAUACAUUUUUUGGUACUACAAUUUUUAUGGUGCGCUACACAUAUAAUUCGUAUGUUUGUGGUUGUGGAGCCCUGUCAUUAUACGAUCACUGAGGGUAAGAGAACCGAAGAGCUGGUGUGUCGACUGAUGACAUCGACGCCUUCAACUGGCAUGCUGCCAUCUCGGUUGGAACUGUUCUCGCGUCAGCUGAUGUUGCAGUCUAUCAGUUAUAGCCCCAUGGGAAUGUGCACGUUAGACAGACCUCUUAUUGCCUCUGUACUGGGAGCGGUAACCACAUACCUAGUCAUAUUAAUACAGUUCCAAAGAUAUGAUUCCUAACGUGUUAACCUUAAAUUAUUAACCUUAAUUAUUUAAAAGUUCUAUUUAAGUUUUAAUUACUUAAUAUAUAAAUUGUGAAACUUUA